GGACAAAAAUUUCCAAACAAUUUAUAUCGAACGAGAAACCUGAAAACGUCGUCGUUUUGUAUUACAAAUCACCUUCCCAAAUUUCCUCAAAUUCCUCUCAGAGCAAACGAACCGCCGGUUCAGUAAUGGCGGAAAAACCCCAACCGGUUCACGUUCUGUAUUGUGGUAAUUGCGGGUUACCCGCUGAGUAUUGUGAAUUCGGAUCCGGAUCCGAAUUUGAAAAAUGUAAACCCUGGUUAAUUCAAAAUGCACCCGAUCUUUACCCGGACCUCGUUAAAGAUUCUAAUUUGAAUGAAGCUGAUAAAGUGUCUGAUCAGCUCCAAUCAACUUCAAUUUCAGAAGGUGAUAUUUUUAUUUUUUUUGCAUUUAGUGGUUGAUCGGUUGUGAUGAUGUUUGUGAUCUCGAAUAGAUAGUUUAUAAUAUUACUUUGUUGGU